AUGACCGCUGAAGACAUCAUGAAUAGCAUCGGAAAGGAUUGCAAUGAACUGAAGCGCCAGUACGAGGAGUGCUUCAACGGCUGGUUCGCCGAUAAGUACCUGAGAGGACUGGGAGGGAACGACCACUCGUGCGACCAUCUCUUCAAACUAUACCAGAACUGCGUGAAGAAGGCGUUGAACGAGCAGAAGAUCGACAUCUGGGAGAUCGACCGCAAUGUCUUGGGAUCGGACGGCGAGGCCAAAGAGCCCUCCUCUAAGCCAAACACAGCGAAGCCUUCAUAA